AUGCGGCUAACCCUCAAGAAUGAUUUGCUCGGCACACAUCCCGCAAGCAGCAACAGCAGUAGUAGCAGCAGCAGCAGCAGUAGCAGCAGCAGUACCAGCAGUAGUAGUAGUAGUAGUAACAGCAGCAGCAGCAGUAGUAGUAGUAACAGCAGCAGCAGCAGCAACAGCAACAGCAGACUUUCCUAUGAAGACAACCAUAUGGCGUAA